CGAACGACGCCUUUAAGACGAACUUGAUUCGUCAGUCCGUCCCGACAGCCUCCACGGCAUGUCCGGUGACAUGGCCAAGCUGCAUGGCACAAAUAGGAUCAAUAUCUGUACAUGCGGACCGCUGAUCAGUUGGUGAUUGCCCGUCUGAGCGGGCCGCUGCAUAUAUACUAACAUCGGUCUUUCACCACUGCGUCCCCAUGCACCUACAAUGGUUCGGAGUGUCGUGAACUUCUUCGGCGGAUCGCCUCUGAAUCGUCUCUCGUGGCUGCGGACCUACCAGCCGUUCCUCAACUCCAUCGUAGGCUCCCCGGCCACGCGAUGGCUGGUCUUUCGAAGGGGUGAGCCGCUUAUGGUCACUUCGCGGAACACGCAGAAGCCAUCGCUCGCCCAAUUGAGCACUGCAGAUGUGAAGCCGCUGCUAGGUGCCGAGCCGUUCUUCGGGCAGGGACAAAACACCGGAGAGCACGGGCCCGGUGAUCUACUCCCUGUAGAAGGAGCCCGGUUCCACGGGCCCCCACUCGUAUUCCUCGGAUUGCUUGAGAAGACCCAUGCUGGUGGCACACACGCACUACCGUCGUCGGCAUUCAGUGCCAAGCAGGACGCAGACACGGUCCUCGCCAACCUUGAAGGCACACCCUACUUCUCGCUGGAUGCCUCAAACGUUGAACAGGACAAGCUUGAUUCAACGCUGCAUGGCUCCCAAGCAGGCAAGGAAGGCGCCGAGUUCGCUUUCGUGGAGGCACGGGGUGCGAUGGCUGGUUUCGACGAGUUCGAAGCCAGCAUCUUUGCUAUGGCUAGAACAAUGGUGGAUUGGAAUGCGCGCAACAAGUUUUGUCCUUCAUGCGGCUCUGCAUCAUAUUCGCAAUGGGCGGGCUGGAAACUAUCGUGCUCAAGUCUGCUUCCUUGGGCAGACACUGCUGGAAAGAAGCCUUGCCUCACAGCGAAAGGUUUGCAUAACUUCUCCCAUCCGAGGACGGAUUCGGUAAUUAUCACGGCGAUCGUGGACCAGGCCAACGAGAAGAUCCUGCUCGGAAAAAACAAAAACUGGCCUGCAAGAUUCUACUCAACCCUUGCAGGAUUUAUUGAGCCAGGAGAAUCCCUUGAAGAUGCGGUGAAACGAGAGAUGUGGGAAGAGGCCGGAGUGGAUGUAUGGGACGUGCAAUAUCAUUCCAGUCAGCCUUGGCCAUACCCAGCUAGUCUGAUGGUCGGAUUCUACGCAGUCGCCGAUUCGACGAAGGCAUUACAUACAGACCUCGAUAACGAACUUGAAGACGUUCAUUGGUACACACGCGAGGAAGUCCUUUCCAUCCUCAAACACGAAGAGGGCGCAUAUUUGAGCAGUAGGGAAUACCGCAAGAUGGCUGAGGCUCAGGACGAGCGAGACCAUUUACCGCAUCAGUCUGCCUCAGGAGCGGCGAACAAGCAAGAGAAUCCUGGCGCAGCAGAUGACCAAUUGGUAGUACCAUUUAGGAUCCCGCCCAUGACUGCAGUUGGAGGUAUUUUGAUCAGAGACUGGGCGCUUGGACUCGCAGGACCAGGAAUCAAGGAGGGAUAAGGGCAGUGACGACGUCCGAUAUCGACGAAUUUCAUGUAUAUAGUAUAUUGGAAGCAAAUGCGAUGAACUUGACACGUAGU